UACUGUGUUGCUAGGUCAUGUUUUUACUUCCGGUUCGCGUGUAGAACUUGUCUUUAAAAUGUUUAAGAUAUAGGGGGAAAUAAUUGAGUUUCAAACACAUAUUUGAUAAACCUUCGUUAAUUUGGAGGCAAUUAAUGGAAUGAAAAAAGUGAAGGAUUAUAAUUAGCAGUAGUAUUGAUAAUAAAUUUGAGGCUAUGUUUUCAUGACAAAACCAAAAUGAAGUAGUCAAUGACAAGGAGUAAGAUGAGUAUAAUUAAAGUGCGUCCAAUGGAUGAACCUCCCGAUGAUCUGAUAGAGCACCCUGGCCCUGGGAGUGUGGCAAGUCUACACUAUGCAGAGGUAGCCGCGGUGGCAGAGGAUGUAGGAUCUGCUGUGCCACAAGAUGAUAUAAGUCCAGAAGCCAGGUGGAUCAAAAGCAAUAUAAAAAUGAGAAAUUGUCGUUGCUUUGUUAAAAAAGAUCCAGAAUCGACACUUCCUCCAGUAAAACCUCAGGGGAGACAAAUUGAUGGGAGAUCCCUCACUGAUGAAUGCCUAUGUGAAUGUGGCUACAAGAAGACAGAUCAUAUAUUACCCUUAAAAUUCAGCCACGAUAAUAAGUGGAGUGUAGAUAAGAAUACUUCACCUGCACCAACCAAUACAUUUGGAGAAAUAGAGUUCAUAGGUCAUGGAGACAAUGAAAGAAAGUUUGUCAGAGUUGAUGUGAAUACAAGCAUGGAGAAGAUGGAACAACUGAUGAUGAAAGUAUGGGGUCUACAGAAACCAAACCUUCUCAUAUCUGUAACGGGAGGAGCUAACUUCUUCAAUAUGAAAACUAAACUGAAACAGGCUUUCAGAUUUGGUCUAAUGAAAGCAGCCAGAAGUACAGGUGCAUGGAUUGUGACAGGAGGAACCAAUACGGGUGUGAUGAAACAUGUAGGAGAGGCUGUUAGAGAUUAUGGUCUCACGUCUACCACAGGGGCACCAGUUGUUGCUAUAGGUGUUGCCACUUGGGGAUGUAUACAUAAAAAGAAAGAUUUGAUAAGCCAAGAUGGUAAUGGCCAGUACCCAGCACAAUACAGAAUAGGGACAGAGAAGAUCAAAGUCAGGAAGGAGGCAUACCUUGAUCCUAACCACACCCACUUUAUUCUGGUAGAUAAUGGAACGGAACAUUCAUUUGCUGUAGAAAUUCCUUUCCGAGCUAAGCUUGAGAAUGCUGUGGCCAACAUGAAAACAGACACUGGCAAAGAUGCUGUAAAGGUCCCAGUUUGUUGUUUGGUUGCUGAAGGAGGUCCAGGGACUUUAGAAACUGUUCAUCAGUCCGUUCUUAACAAUAUUCCUAUUAUAAUAGUCCAGGGUUCUGGAAGGGCUGCUGACAUAUUAGCUGCAGCUUAUGAGUUUUCAAAAGAAAGUGAAAAAGAAUAUGUUGAUAAAAAUGGCAAGCAAACAUGGAGAUCAGAGACAGAGUUUGACAGUACACAAGAAGCUAAAAUAAUAGACAUGAUAAAGGAUGUCUUUGGUGACAAAGACUUAGCGAAAAAAUGGCAGAUGGUAAAAGAAAGUCUGGUGAAUAGGGACUUGGUAACAGUAUUCAACUUAAGUGCUUCAACUUCAAACCAAUCAUCUAAGGAUAUAGACUAUGCGAUAUUAAAGGCAUUGCUCAAAGCCAAUAAAGACCAAGUUUAUGACCAACUGAAGUUGGCUUUAGCCUGGAACAGGAUUGAUAUUGCCAAAAGUGAAAUCUUUGUUGAUGAUAGAACAUGGGAGCCUGGUAGCUUGGAUGAUAUUCUGCAAUCAGCUAUAAUGCUUAAUAGGAAAGACUUUAUUGAAUUGUUUCUUGACCAUAGUGUUAGUCUGAAAGAUUUCCUAACUGUAAACAGACUGAGACAGUUAUAUAACCAGAUUCCACCCAAAUGUCAGUUAAGUUUGUUGCUUAGAAGAACAAAACUAUACAAUUCUGAUGUGACAAUGAGUGACGUAGGACAUCUGAUACAAGAUUUGAUAGGAGAUUUCUAUGCCUCACAUCAUUUACAUGAGACUGAUGUGUCAAUGGGAGUAGGAAUGUUUACCAAUGCUAAUGCUAGUAGUAGUUCUCAUAAAGGUCCUGGCAGUUUUAAUGCUGUUCAAGAAUUAUUUUUCUGGUCAGUCUUGAUGAACAGACAAGAAUUAGCUAAAAUUUUCUGGAAGCAGGGAAAGGAUGCUAUUGCUGGUGCACUGGUUGCUUAUGGAUUGCUGAAAAAAUUAGCAAAGAAAACUGAGGACACAGAAUUACAGAAAUCUCUUGACAGGAAUGCUAUAGAUUUUUCAGAUUUAGCUAUUCAAGUUUUGAAUGAAUGUCAUGAAACUGAUGAAAGAAAAGCACAAAAUUUACUCAUUCGUCAAUUAGACAAUUGGGGUGGAGCCACGUGUGUUCUUAUUGCUGUAGAAACUCAGAAUAAACAUUUUAUAUCACAAACAGCAUGCCAAUCUCUUUUGAACAGGGUGUGGAUGGGACGUUUAUCACCUGAAAAUGGAGCUUUCAGAUUAUUGGCAUGUGCUUUGUGUCCUUUCUUUAUGUUCACUUUAAUAAAAUACCAAGCAGAAGAUAUAGAUGCUGGACAGAUAGAUAAUGUCAGUGAUGACAAACCUAGGGUUGGAAAGGAAGACGGAAACAAACCUGGUAUGAUUAGACAACAGACACAGAUGUCAUUUCAGACAAACUAUCAACCAGAGGAAAGAGAACAGCCAACCAGUCUUUCAAUGUUACAGAAGUUAUAUUGUUUCUACACAGCACCUGUCAUAAUAUUUUGUCACAAUGUGUUAUCGUACCUAGUAUUUUUAGCAUUGUUCAGUAUUAUGUUAUUGAUAGACCUCUCCACCAAAGUAUCUGUGAUUGAGAUUAUCCUCAUUAUCUGGGUAUUCAGUAUAUUUGCAGAGGAAGUGAGACAGUUUUUGAAUCCACACUUUGCUCUACGGAUGAAAACUACAAGCCAGGAAGGAACAACUUACUCAAAAGACACUAGUUAUCUUGUUACUGGUUCCUCAGCGACUAUAAAUGCAAAGUUAAAAAGUUAUUUAUCAGACAGUUGGAAUUUGGUAGACGUACUGACAAUCACUCUAUUUUUAUUAGCUUUAUUAUUACGAUUUCUACCGUAUGAUAAUACAUUUGAAGCUGCUAGGGUAGUUUAUGCAAUCAAUUUUGUAAUAUUUUUCUUCCGUAUCCUGCAUAUUUUUUCCGUCCACAGAGAAUUAGGACCAAAGCUUGUUAUGAUAGGAAAUAUGGUGAAAGAUUUGUCGUAUUUUAUGGUGAUAUUGAUGGUAUUUGUGACGUCUUAUGCUGUUGCUUCAUAUUCCAUUUUGUAUCCAAACAUAAGUUGGUCUUGGGAUAUAGUACUGAAGGUGUUGAGAAUGAGUUACUGGAACAUGUACGGGGAACUAUUUAUAGAGGAUAUUGAAUUAGAGGAACCUAACUGUAGUUUUGAUCCCGCAAUAUUCAAUGCUGGAACAUUGCCAAGAUGUCCAACAGAAGUAGGAAGAUAUGCCACACCAAUAUUAAUGGGAAUAUAUGUCCUAUUUGUCAAUGUACUAUUGCUCAAUCUUCUUAUUGCUAUGUUCAGUUUCUCCAUACAGAGGAUACAAGACAGAACUGACCAGCACUGGAAUUUCCAACGUUAUAUUUUAAUUUAUGAAUACUACUCCAAGCCACCUUUGCCUUCACCACUUAUAUUGAUAAGCCAUGUAUUUCUGUUCAUCCGUUGGUGUGCAAGAACAUGUUGUAAUAGAUGCUUAUCAACUAAUCAAUCAGACCUCAUAAAGAGAUUUCCAAAUGAACGACAGUUGAUACAGUGGGAAAAUGUGAUCGCAGAUGCUUAUCUUCACAAACUUGAAAUGAUGGAUUUAGAAAGACUGGAAAUAAAAAUGCAGUUAACACACGAAAGAUUAGAUCACCUUCUUGUAAGGAUGGACGAGGUCCAUGAAACCAGUCAACCAUCACAGGUAUCAGGAGCUAGAAACUUUGAUAUUCAGCCUAUUGUUAAAAUGCCUGAACAACUUGAUAAAAGACUCAGAAGUUUAGAAGACCAGGUUCAGACUUCAGCAGAAUCACUGAAAUGGAUUGUAAAUGCCAUGAAGAAAAGUAAAAUAUCACUAGAUGGUCCUGCUCCGGAGGCCUAUGACCCUGCCAAGAAAGAAAAAGAAAAGUUGAAAAAGGAAAAGCUACAGAAAGAACAAGAUUCAAUGUAUGUACAGAGUAUGAUUAGCCAGCAAACAGAAACUCAGACUAAGUCUCGUAGUGUUAAUUAUGUUGGUACUGGUAUAAAGAAAUUCCCUGUACCUGAAGAUAUGGCUUCCUGGGAAAUCACAUGGCCAGAGUACAAGCCUGUGUAUUAUGAAGCUCCUGAGGUUAAAGCCAAUCCAACCUGGGCAGAUCAUAUUGAUCUGUUAGAUCUAUCACCAAAGAAGAGGUUGAAUAAAAUCAAAUUCAAUGCAUAUGAUGAGUCUUGUAAAUAUAACAGAACAAGUUAUCUUGGUGAAUAUCAAAUAAUAGAUGGUAUACCCAGAAACCCAAUGGGUAGAACAGGAAUGAUUGGUAGGGGUCUGCUUGGUAGAUGGGGACCAAACCAAGCUGGGGAUCCUAUUGUUACAAGAUGGAAGAGAAAUGCCAAUGGUGAAAAAAUACUAGAUAAUGGGAAAUAUGUGUUUGAAUUUAUAGCCAUAAUUCGAAGUGACAACAAAUUGUGUAGUUUACCUGGAGGUAUGGUAGAUCCAGGACAGAAUGUUUAUGAAUGCCUGAAGGCAGAGUUUAAAGAAGAGGCUCUUGGUGGUCUGAUGGACAAUGAAGAACAUAAAAAGAAAAUUAAAGAUCAAUUAAAAAUCAUGUUUGAAGAAGGAGAAUUGAUAUUUAAAGGUUAUGCUGAUGAUCCAAGGAAUACAGAUAAUGCUUGGUUAGAAACACUUGUGUAUAAUUACCAUGACAACACUGGAGAAGUCUUACAUCCAUUUCAAAUUCAGAAUCAAGGAUUACGUGCUGGUGAGAGUGUAGAUGCUGUGACGUGGUUAACAGCUAGAGCUAACAUGACAUUACAUGCUGCCCAUGCUUAUUUUGUAAAGCUGGUGGCAGACAAGUUAAAUGCUGCUUUUUAAAUUUCUUAUAUUAUUUAGGAAUAAAGCUUGAUGUAAAUUAAAAUGUCAAUAUAUGUCUUUAUUGAAAGCAUAUAUUUUUCAUGCUUUUGAUGAAAAACAUUGUACAGAAAAGAUCAUGAGAAGAACAAACUUGUUUUUUUCUAAAUAACUAUGAUAUUGAUAUUUUACUUAUUGCAAUUAUCUGUGAUUUAGUUAGUACAGUUUAUGCUCAGGAACUAUUUUUUUUCACAAUUUUCACAUUGGGUACAAUUGAUUGUUUUACUUCAGUAAUACUUCAGAAAAGAUGCUUCCUGUUUAUUUUAUAAUAAUACCAAAAUGACAUUCUUAUUUUUUUUUUAAAUCUGAAGGGUUAUACUUUACCAUUGUAGAGGAACUGCCUUAACUAUUUUAAAUGUUUAUUUUGAAAAAUAAUGGAGGUCUGCUAUUUUCAUGGGAGAAAUAUUUAUGUCUUUUAAAGUAUCUUUUUUCUUGUUAAUUUUAUAAUAAAAGAGGAGACCCUGAGUUAUCUACUUUCCUAACACAUACAUUUUACUUACCCACUCUCAGACAUGAAAAUACAUUCUUGAAAUUUUACAAAACAUGAGUGUUAUAUUAGUGUAUUGAAGAACACAAUCUAUAAAAAAAACACUGUGCCUGCUAUUGUAAUGAUUAUUGUACAUAGUAAGUUAUAAACAUAUAGCUUUUAUAUAUAUUUUUAAUCAAAACUUAAGUGUGCUUUCCUUAUACCAUUUUCUAGUCAUUUAAAGACAUUUUGUUUUUUUUAUACAAAGAUGUUUAGAAUCUCUAUGGUAUAUGAAGACUAUUACUGUUUUCGUGAUCUUAUAGAAAUAUAAAAUAAAUUUUGAAAUUUAAAAAUAUAUGUAUAAAAAUAGACUGUUAAAAUAAGGGUAAGAAAUCAUGAACUGAAAAGAUAAGAUUAUUUGGCUUUACAUCCUCAUUCAUCAUGGCUAAAUGAAUUUGAAAGUUUUGAACAGUUGACCAUCAUGAUAAAGUGUUGUCAUUUUGAUUUUAAAAUAUUCAUUGUACUAUUAUAAAACCUACUUACAGGUGAGACAGUUCUUUUUGUUUUUACAGUUUUAUUAUGCGAAAUAUUGUAUGUAAGCUGUGAUAUUUCAAAGACUGUAGAUGUAUAAAUCUGAAUCUGAGUGUGGAUAUUAUUUAUAAAUAUCAACAUUUCACACUUCAGGAAUAGAUUUUAGGUUGUCAUAAUAUGAACAUUUCCUUCAUUGAUUCGAUUUAGAACUUUCAGAUGUACAGGUAUUACUAGCAAAAGUAUAGUUUUCUGUGCUAUAACUCUAAAGCUCUUGCUGUUAACAUAAGAUUUCCAUAUACAUUUCAAACAUAUUUUAUAUUUCUUUAUUGUGAAAGCAUUCCUUUUUUCAUAAAUUUCCAAUAAAUGAAAGUCUGCCAGUUGGCAAGACCAUUUGUUUUCUUAUUUAUUCAAACUCAAUUUGUUAUUUGUUUUUAUAUAUUUUAUCAAAUAUUUAUUUUAUAUUGAUUUAUUUGUAACUUAAAAUGUCUUGAAGUUCAGUUGCUCAGUCAGUCUGACUGCUUUUAUAUUCAUAUACUUUGAAAAUUAAAUUGCUAGCUCUGUU